AUGGCGGGGACCGUCGUGGUGUUCGACUUCGACGGGACGAUCAUCGAUUGCGACAGCGACUACUGGGUGGUCGACGGCCUGGGCGCCACCGAGAUCUUCGAGCGUCUCCUCCCCACCAUGCCGUUUAAUACCCUAAUGGUGCGUUGUCAUGAACUCGGGAUAAAUCAUUCUUUCCCCCAUUUUUUUUUUCCUCUUCUUUUCAACCCGAGGGGGGAUCGAAGAAGCCUCGUCUACGAUGUUCGAGGAACGGUAACCGGUUCUUGCACUCCUGGAUCUGUGAACGUGACAACUACGAUAUUUCUGCACCGCGAGAAAAUCCACUUUUGUCGCUAACUUUUUUCUCCGGCGUUUUCCUCAGGAUUCGAUGAUGAAGGAGAUCCACGAACAGGGUAGGUCCGUUGAGGAGGUCGCGCACAUCUUGAAGAGUGCUCCUCUCGACCCACACAUCACCGCGGUCAUCAAAUCUGCUCAUGCUCUUGGGUAUGACCCUGAAAUUAAUCACCCGUAACUUUCACUCGUAGUCUUAAUCGGUCGACGAGUUCGUCGCAAAUCUCCCAUCGCCCCGAGUCUCAGAGAAUGCGUCGCCGUGUCCUUUGCAGAUGUGAAUUGAGGAUAGUCAGCGAUGCGAACUCAUUCUUCAUCGAGACGAUUCUCCAGCAUCACGGCAUUCUCAGCUUCUUCUCGGAGAUCCACACUAACCCCAGCUACGUCGACGGGGAAGGGAGGCUCAGGAUUUCUCCUUACCACAACUUUGCGGAAUCAUCCCACGGCUGCUGCUCGUGUCCACCGAACAUGUGUAAGGUACGGGCUCGCAGCCUUCGGAACUUCUCUAAUGAUCCAAGAACAACGUGAAAUAGUUGGGAAAGUUAUACAGCUUAUAUCUCCUACGCAGAGUCUGAUCCUCAAACGAGUACGAGCCAGCGCCGCAGCAGAUGGGAAGAAGCGGUUCAUCUAUCUCGGGGACGGCAAGGGGGACUACUGCUCGUCGCUUCAGCUGACGGAACAUGACUUUGUCAUGCCGAGGAAGAGGUUCCCGCUGUCGGAGCUCAUAUCCGGCAACCCCCUCCUACUGAAGGCCCAGGUACACGAGUGGACCGACGGGGAGGAGCAAGCGAGAGUCCUCCUCCGGUUGAUCAACCAGUGCAGUUCCGCCGACGACGGCAGCCGCCACCAGCCAGCCCUAGAUUACGUUAGUCUAACCGCCUUAUCGGAUCCGAAUGGUUUCAAGAAAAAAUACCUUUCUUAG